GUUGAUCUUAGAGUCAUUUUAGUUCCUUGUUCUCACAGGGCAGAAGCAUGUCCUCCCUCCCGGGGUGCAUUAGUUUGGAUGCAGCAACAGCUGCAGCUGACUCUGAAGACAUUACUGAGCUGCAGCAGGCAGUGGUUGAAGAGCUGGGCAUCUCUAUGGAGGAACUUCGUCAAUUCAUUGAUGAAGAGCUGGAGAAGAUGGACUGUAUACAGCAGCGCAAAAAGCAGCUAGCAGAGCUGGAGACGUGGGUGCUACAGAAGGAGUCUGAGGUGGCUUAUGUGGACCAGCUCCUUGACGAUGCGUCCAGGUGAUGCUGGGAGCCGAAUUCCAAAAGAUCAGAAGGUUAGUUGGGUUGUUACAAGAAGUUAAGAAAUACAGCACUCGGAA